AUGCAUAAGGACUUCACUGGGAACGUUAUUAUCACCCCUGCAACAGCAGGUGACCCGAUUCUCGUUAUGCUGAUUUACCAAAUCCCGGCCUUCGGGUUGACUUGUUCUUUCAAGCCCAUCUGUGAUAUCGUUCCGAGCAGUCAAAUCAGCGACGCUGACUGUAAUGAGCUCGACGAAAUUCCGUUCCAGGAUGCAGUCCUCGGACAUCGCCCCACGCGAGCCGCUGCCGCCGCUAUCACCUAUCGCGACUCGGACGAUAAAUUUGGCGGAGGAGGUGAUAAAAUGACUACAAAUCUUAGUCGUUCACCGUUCCAACUCGAGCGUUGA